GAGAAACGUUUCAAGUGCACUGUGUGUGGGAAGGCCUUUGCAAAGUCACGUAAUCUUGUAAUACACCAGAGAACACACACGGGAGAGAAACCCUUCAAGUGCAGUGUGUGUGCGAAGGCAUUUUCUCAUUCAUCUGUUCUUAAAAAACACCAGAGAACACACACAGGAGAGAAACCCUUCAAGUGCAGUGUGUGUAGCAUGGCAUUUUCACGGUCAUCUUCUCUUAAAAAUCACCAUAGAACACACACAGGAGAGAAACCCUUCAGGUGCAUUCUGUGCGGGAAAUCCUUUGCAAAGUCACAUAAUCUUGUAAUACAUCAGAGAACACACACGGGAGUGAAACCUUUCAGGUGCACAAUUUGCGGGAAGGCGUUUGCACAAGCAUCUGUUGUUCAGACCCACCAGAGAAUACACACAGGAGAGAAACCCUUCAAGUGCACUGUGUGUGGGAAGGCAUUUUCACUGUCAUCUUCUUUUAAAAAACACCAGAGAACACACACGGGAGAGAAACACUUCAAGUGCAGUGUGUGUGGGAAAGCGUUUGCACAUUCAUCUACUCUUGUAAGACACCAGAGAAUACACACGGGAGAGAAACCCUUUAAGUGCAGUGUGUGUGCGAAGGCAUUUUCACUGUCAUCUGUUCUUAAAAAACACCAGAGAACACACACAGGAGAGAAACCCUUCAAGUGCACUGUGUGUAGCAUGGCAUUUUCACAGUCAUCUGAUCUUAAAAAACAUCAGAGAACACACACAGGAGAGAAACCCUUCAGGUGCUUUCUGUGCGGGAAGGCGUUUACACGGUCAGAACAUCUUCAAAGACACGAGAGAACGCACACGGGAGAGAAACACUUCAAAAUUCACGACAAACCCUUCAAGUGCACUGUGUGUGGGAAGGCCUUUGCAUGGCAAUCAGUUUUUCAGACCCACCAGAGAGCACACACAGGAGAGAAACCCUUCAAGUGCAGUGUGUGUGGGAAAGCGUUUGCACAUUCAUCUUCUCUUGUAAGACACCAGAGAACACACACGGGAGAGAAAUCCUUCAAGUGCAGUGGGUGUGGGAAGGCAUUUUUACAUUCAUCUGCUCUUGAAAGACACCAGAGAACACACACGGGAGAGAAACCCUUCAAGUGCAGUGGGUGUGGGAAGGCAUUUUCACAUUCAUCUGCUCUUGAAAGACACCAGAGAACACACACGGGAGAGAAACCCUUCAAGUGCAGUGGGUGUGGGAAGGCAUUUUUACAUUCAUCUGCUCUUGAAAGACACCAGAGAACACACACGGGAGAGAAACCCUUCAAGUGCAGUGGGUGUGGGAAGGCAUUUUUACAUUCAUCUGCUCUUGAAAGACACCAGAGAACACACACGGGAGAGAAA